AUGAAUCGCAAUUUAACGGUUUUCGCUAUUUAUCUACUUUCACUCUCGAUUUUCAUUAAGAAAACGCAAUCGGAACAGAACAUAAUCAUCCAACCAGCCGAGAGACACGAAGGUUGUGGUUAUCGCAAUCCAAAUGGUGUAGUUUUAAUAAACACUGGAGACAAAGGAGGCGAGUCAGAGUUUGGUGAAUUCCCUUGGAUGGUGGCCAUUCUGCGUGAUGAAGUAAUUUGGUGCGAGUUGUUAAACAUAUACGAAUGUGGUGGAUCUGUAAUUGCACCAAAUAUUGUCCUGACUGCUACACAUUGUGCACGAAACAUUGAGCCACACUUAUUGGUAGCACGCGCCGGAGAGUGGGACACACGAACCAAACAGGAGGUGUUGCCACAUCAAGAUGCACGUGUCAAGGAGAUCAUUCGUCAUGAGAAAUACAACGACACACUCUUCAAUGACGUAGCGCUGCUAAUUUUGGAAACACCGUUCAGUUUAACGCAAACAGUCGUUGGAUCGUUAGCUCAACUUUUACAUGAAGAAAAUGCAUGUGGCUAUUUGGAAGUAUGCUGUAGUACAAAAGAUAAGUUAACGGAACCGAACAUACCCAUCCAAUCAGCCGAGAGGCACGAAGGUUGUGGUUAUCGUAAUCCAACUGGUGUAGGUUUCAGAAUUACUAGCGACAAAGAAGGCGAGUCAGAGUUUGGUGAAUUCCCUUGGAUGGUGGCCAUUCUGCGUGAUGGAAUAAACCUUAAACGGUUACAUAUGUGGUGGUUCUGUAAUUCUUUAACUGAACCGAACAUACCAAUCCAACCAGACGAGAGACACGAAGGUUGUGGUUAUCGUAAUCCAACCGGUGUAGGUUUCAGAAUUACUGGCGACAAAUACGGCGAGUCACAGUUUGGUGAAUUCCCUUGGAUGGUUGCCAUUUUUCGUGAAAAGGUAAUUGAUGGCGAGAUCUUUAAUAUUUACAAAUGUGGUGGCUCUGUAAUUGCACCAAAUGCUGUCCUGACUGCUACACAUUGUGCGCAAAACAUUGAGCCACACUUAUUGGUAGCACGGGCCGGAGAGUGGGACGCACAAACCAAACAGGAGGUGUUGCAACAUCAAGAUGCACGUGUCAAAGAGAUCAUUCGUCACGAGAACUACAACAAGCGCACACUCUUCAACGACAUAGCGCUAUUCAUUUUGGAAACACCUUUCAUUUGGCAGGAAAAUGUACAUCCCAUCUGUUUCCCUGAACCGGACGCCAAUUUCGAUCAUUCACGUUGUUAUGCUUCUGGUUGGGGCAAAGAUAAGUUCGGUAAAGAUGGUAUUUUAAAAAAGAUCGAUUUACCUAUGGUGCCACAUGAUACUUGCCAAUCAAAUCUACGUAAAACACGAUUGGGACGAUUUUUCCGUUUGGAUCAGAGUUUCAUUUGUGCCGGUGGCGAAGAAGGCAAGGAUACAUGCGAAGGUGAUGGCGGCUCUCCAUUAGUGUGCCCCGAUCCGAAUAACCCAAAACGUUACUAUCAAGCUGGUAUUGUGGCUUGGGGUAUUGGUUGUGGUGCUGCAAAUUUGCCAGGUGUCUACACAAAUGUGGCGUAUCUUCGCAAUUGGAUCAACGAAAAGCUUUCUGCACGAGGCAUUGAUUUCAGUCAUUUCACGGUUUAAGAAAUAAUCAAUUUUGUUGAAAAUGUUCAGUUGAAAAAUACAAAAAAUGUGAGUUUUAAAGCAACAAAACUUUAUUGGAAUCUCUUGUUAAUAAAAAAUAUAUAACGAAAACUUUCACCCAUAUAUUACUUUUUCUUUUUAUAUUCUCGAGAUACGUGAACUGAUGUAAAUCUGAUAGCUUUAAUACAUUUCUUCCAUUUAACAUCUAAAGAUGGUGAAAGUAAAAUAUAUUUGGCGAUUCUUUAUUGGUAUUAAUUAGACAGCUAAUUUUUCCCCCGA